AUGGCUUCCUACUCCCAAAAACUAAUCCUCAUCACUCUCAUCCUCACCAUCACAAUCCCAAUCUCAACCGCCCAUAGAAGAAGAUGGGGGAGAAGAUCACCCAGCCGCCGCGGCGGCGACGACAACGCGGAGCAAUUCCUCAGAGACAUCUGCUCCAGCCACGAAAAAGCCGACACGUGUCUGAGCCUCAUAAAGGGGGACCCGCGCCUAUUUGACAAUUCAAACAGCGUUGACGCGGUCAACGAUGUGAUUGAUUUGGCACUAGAGAAAAUCAAUGCGUUUGGGGAGCAGCUCAACAAGUGGUACGAAGACACCAAUGACGACAGCAUCAGAGGGAGGUACCGCACGUGCGCCGAGAACUACGACGACGUCCGGGCCCACGUCGAGGAUGCGGAGAGGGACUUCGGGUCGGAUGACUUCCGGAGCGUUGCGGACCGGGUUGACGAGGCUAGGGACGAGUUGGAGAGGUGCAAGCAGGUGUUCGGGCCCGGUUCGAUCGACCCCGGUCAUGUUGAGAACCGGAACAAUGAGAUUGAGAUUUAUUUGGACAUUGUUCGGGAUGCGACAACCCGCUUGGACUAA